ACUUGGGGCCUGGUAAGAAAUAACAAGUGAGGAGGGAACACCUCGUCGUUCCACAGCUGUAGAGUGUGACUCCGGGCUUAAGUCUUGCAAUUGCAAAUUUAUAUCGAUAUGCCUCCAAAGAAACCAGCUCAGCCUGCAUCGGGUAGUAAGAAAACACAAGAAAAGAAGAAGGAAAAAAUAAUCGAGGACAAGACAUUUGGCUUGAAGAACAAAAAGGGAGCCAAGCAACAGAAGUUCAUCAAAACUGUCACGCACCAAGUGAAAUAUGGACAGCAAAAUGCCCGACAGAUUGCUGCAUCCGAAGGUGAUAAAAACAAGAAGGUGGACAAGAAGAAAGAGCUGUCUGAGCUGAAUGAGCUUUUCAAACCGGUAGUUGUCGCUCAGAAAGUCAGCAAAGGUGUGGACCCAAAGUCGGUGCUGUGUGCUUUCUUCAAGCAAGGCCAGUGCACCAAAGGGGACAAGUGCAAGUUCUCCCAUGACCUGACGCUGGAGAGGAAAUGCGAAAAGCGCAGCGUCUAUGUCGACGGCAGGGAUGAGGAGUUGGAAAAGGACACCAUGGAUAACUGGGACGAGAAGAAGCUGGAGGAAGUUGUGAACAAGAAGCACGGAGAGGCUGAAAAGAAGAAGGCAAAAACGCAGAUUGUUUGCAGAUAUUUCCUUGACGCCAUCGAGAACAGCAAGUAUGGUUGGUUCUGGGUCUGCCCUGGUGGAGGAGACGUUUGCAUGUACCGCCAUGCCCUCCCACCUGGGUUUGUGCUCAAGAAAGACAAGAAGAAAGAGGAAGAGAAGGAGGAGGAAAUCUCACUGGAAGAGCUGAUAGAGAAUGAGCGAUCUGCCCUUGGACCAAAUGUCACUCGAAUCACCCUGGAAACAUUCCUGGCCUGGAAGAAGAGGAAAAGACAGGAGAAGGUGGCCAAAGCCGAGGAGGACAUGGAGAGGAAAAGAGCCGACUUCAAAGCCGGCAGAUCAUUUGGGGUCAGUGGUCGAGAAGUGUUCGAGUUCCGCCCAGAGCUGGUGGAUGACGAUGAUGAAGAGGCUGAUGACACCAAAUAUGAAAAGAACGGCAAUGAUGAGGACGUUGUUGAGGAGGUUGAAGAUGUCCAGGUGUUUCAGGACAUCGAUGUGGCCCGCUUUGUGCCGAAGGAAGUGGACGAUGCAGGAAUCACUGUGGCGUCAGCUGACCGCUUUUCAGCGAAAUCUCACCCAGAAGCUGAAACGGACGACAACAAGCUGAGCGAGGCCUCAGGCGGGGCGGAGGAGAACGGGGAGCACUGCGAGGGGGAGAGUCUGGACGACGACACGGAGGACGUGCCCGUAGACGAGAACCUGUUCACGGGAGAGGACCUGGACGAGCUGGAGGAAGAGCUCAACACACUGGACAUGGAGGCCUAGCUUAAGGAUUACUGCCAAACGACCAUUUCCUGGACUACAUGAGGCUUGAAACCGGUGACAGUUUUCACGGCGAACAUCUUCCUGUCGGAAAUCUCACAAGAACCGUUUAAGUCCCUGGGCUUAAGGAGACAUAGAUAUGGCAAAUGUUCUUUUUUUUUUUUUUUUUUUAAGCUCUGUGAUCCAUUUAAGGUUUCUUUAUCUUAUUCAAGUGAAUGGUUUUUACUGCAGUCAGUCCCUGCGUGGUCCCAGCUACCGGGCUUGGACUCCUGUCCGUUUAGUAUUUGAGGCUUUAGCAUGGACUGUAAUCACGGAGGGAAAUGUAUGUAAAAAUGUACAUAAAUUGUCUUGAACUAUAUCAGUGUGGCUCAAGAUACUCAUUUAAAAUUACAUUUCCUAAGUUGUCGUAUUGCAGAACAUGAAUUUUAUUUGCCAAAACAACUUGCUGCGAUUCAUCAAGCAGGAGAACUUUAAAAGGAAAAAUUGAGCAUGUAAAUUUACCAGCAACCGAUUGUCAGAUGUGCUUUGGAAUCAAAUGAUCAAGAGUUUUUUCAUAAUUUAUUUUCUUCUUUUUUUUUUGUGCUCACAAAUGGAUUAUUGUGUAUUGAUUGCGAAAGACUUUUCAGUAAUAAAAUUUGAGCUAAUUCUGAAGCAGGAUGAAAAUGCAUGUAUGUCGGGACAAAAUCUGCCGAGAACAGCCGUGCGCUGCUGGAGUUCUCACACGUUAAAGUGGCGACUUGAAUUGCUGUUUAAAUUACUGUACUUCAGAGUGAGUAAUGAAGUUAAGAUGGGUUGCAUAAUAAUAAGCACACCACGAGAAGCUUUCCAAUUACAGAAGACCUCUGCUGCUCAGGACUGACUGUUCUACUGCUGACUGCAAGUUCAAGUUUGUAGAAGGCAAAAUAAAGGAAACAUACUGGCAGGUAAUUUAAAUGUGCAGUCCUUGUGUGUUUGAGAUUACCGUUCACCAAUACACAGAGAAGCAUUGUAAAUUAAUAAAUGUUCUCAUCCAUG